GCAGCAGUGCCUGAAGAUAUGACAACAAGCUUUGAUCCUAGUGAGCCAUCAUUAGAAUCGCUGAUAUGUGUGGUUGCCAUUGGACUGCUUACCAUUUUCUUAUUUCUUUGGAGAGGAUACCGAUCAAUUCAAAGCCGACUUUAUUUGAUAAGAGAGAAUAGACUGGCUGUGGAACUUGCAAUGGAAAUCAAAAAGAAAUGUGAUCUAAUUGACAAAGUGUGCCUUGCUCAAGAGGAGUAUGAAGGCUUAGAGUCAUCCUUAAAGGAGGCCAACUUUGACAAGGCAUCAACAGAAGUACAGAGUUUGAAGGUAAAAAAAAACUUUCUAUUUUAGGCAACUUAUAAAAAUCUAGAAAGAGAUAAAUCUAAACUUGAAGAAGAAAUAUUACUUAUAGAGAAGAAACUAGAAGAAGAGAGAGCUAAACAUUAUGAAGAAGAGGAAUUGGUGAGUCUUAUAUAUUCCAAGAGAAUUAUGAAUCUAGCAGAUGAAUCACAGUCUGUCAAAUCACAGCUAGCUGAAGCCAAAACCACACUAAGAAUAUUUGAAAUAAAUAAAGAACGACUUAAAGGAGUAAUAACAGAUACCUUGAAUGAAAAUUCUCAUCGUCAGGAAAGCGUGCGUCAGUAUUUAGAAGAAGCUAAAGUCAUGAAAGAACAAAUGAAUCAACUCAAUAAACAGAAAAUAGCAAUCGAAGUAUCCAACGUACAGGCAGAGCAACUCAUAAAGGUUAAGGAAAAUCAGAUCAAGUCUCUGAUGGAGAGCCUGCUAAGGAUGAAAGACUGGAAUUCUGUGCUUGGGGAAGAUGUAACUGAUGAUGGUAAUCUGGAUGUAGAAGUGAACAAUGACUUAGAGAAUAACGUCAAGCUGGCCUGGAAUUCACCUUGGAGUCCAGGCUGGCCUUAUACUCAUGGGAAUCCCCUUGUCUUAGCUGUGAAAUGUAAUCAGCCUAAGGGAGCUUUGAGGAAGCUAAUAUAUGCUACUGAGUUAAGUGCUUCGUUAAAAACCCUAGAAGGAGACAGAAACCAAAUUUAUACUCAGUUAUCUGAAAUAGAUGCAACAAAUGAUGAUCUUACAGAGCAUAUGCGAAGUCUCAAGUCUGAACAAGUGUCUUUGCAGUCAGGUAAUACACAACUUGAAAUCGAGAAACAGCUUCAAAGGAAAAUCACAGUGAUGAGGGAGCUGUACCAAGACAAUGAAAGGAUGCUUCACAGGAAAAUAACAGUGGAGGAAAAUUGUCGAUUGGAGAAAGAGGAAGAAUUCAAAGUCAACAAGAGAACCAACCAUGUGAACAAAGAACUAGACACCUAUAGACGGCGUGCCAAGGAUAUCGAAGAAGAAUUGGAGAGAACAAUUUGCUCCUAUCAAGUGCAGGUUAUGGCUCAUGAACAAAGGGAACAUGACUAUUGGCUGGAAGCUCGUACUUUGGAAAGCAACGUCAAUGAAUUAAAGAGAAAAAAUGCUCUGAUGAAAGCAACUUUUCCCAACUCUGGCCCUGCUAAAUGCAAAGUGGCUGUCCAUGGCUUGACUCCUCCACUGGUGACCAAGGUUUCAGGCCCUAGAGAUCAUGGACACCCUGACAUUCCACAGAAUCCAAGAGGCCAGAAACCACCACCACUUCCUGCAGAUGCUCGACAGUAUGUCCCAUCAAAGAAAUCAACUUUUCCCAAUUCUGGCUAUGCUGGAUGCAAAGCUUCUGGACCAGACUUGAAUGUUCCACUGGUUCCUGAGGUCAGACCCCCCAGAGGCCCUGCCUUCCCAGGGGAUCCAGGUUGCCAUGUUCUGCCUCCAGGAAACAUCUAUGGAGAUGCUCCACAGUAUGAUCCACCAAGGGACUUCCCAGGCCCACCAUUCCCUCCUAUGCCAGAUGGGCCAGUACCUUCCACUUUGGAAUCCGGAAAGCAUGCCACCAAACAUGAUACUGGGAAGGAAACGUUGCCCACCACUAGACCUCCUGAAAACAAUGCAGCUGGUCAUGGCUUGACUCCUCCACCUGUUCCCAGGCUUAGAGGCCCUAGAGGCUCUAGAGGUCCUAGAGGCCCUGCCUCUCAAUAUGAUCGAAGAGGCCGGAUCCCACCACCUCCUCCUCCAGGAAACAUCUGUAGAGGUCCUGGACAGUAUGUCCCACAAAAGAAAUUUGCAGGCCCACAGUUUCCUCCAAUGUCAGAUGCACCAGUCACUUCCACAUUGGAAUCUGGUAGCAGUGCCACCAAACAUGACCCUGUGAAGGCACCUUUGCCUAACUCUAGUCCUCCUGAAUGCAAUGCGGUUGGUCAUGACGUGAUUCCUCCACUGGAUCCUUUGGUCAGAAGUCCUAGAGGCCCUGCCUUUCCAGGGAAUCCAAGAGGCCCAAUCCUGCCUCCACCUCCUCCUGGAAACAUCUGUGGAGAUUCCGGACAGUAUAUCACACCCAGGGACUUUGCAGGCCCACCUUUCUCUCUAGUGCCAGGUUCUCAUGGUGCUUUGGGGACCCUAAUGAGGAAUACUAUUGUAUUUGUGUCCAGUUGUUCUCUGUACUGGCCAGGGGGAGUGGAACAUGUCAGGGUCACUUGGAUCUGGAAACAGUCGUGGGAUAAAAAGGCAAGUGUGCCCAACUAUGUCCCUGCUGAAUGCCAACCAGCUGGCCAUGGCUUGAUUCCUCCACUUGUUCCCAAGGUUAGAGGCCCUGGAGGCCCUGCCUUACCAGGUGAUCCUAGAGGACAGAUCCCACCAACUCCUCCACCAGGAAACACCUGUGCAGAUCCUCAACAUCAACCUGCACCAGAACCUCCAGCCUGCACUGGAACAUCUGGAGACAGAGGAGACCUGACCGAUUCCUCGGCAUCCAUUUUCUUUUUAGAUGAAGUUUAG